AAAGUUUGAGACCAAUUUAGAAUUAACGCAAUAGUUUUAGAACUUCUAGUAGAAUUAUCCCAUGGUCGCCGCGAGAUUUAUUUUGGAAUUACGAUUCUGAGAGGUGAUUGAAUUCAGUUUUGCUGUAAUUGAAGAAGCAGUGAUAGUUCCAUGGAUUCUCCCACUCAAAACACUUCCUUGCAGCGACUUCAAAAUGUUGAGAAGAGAAUAGUUAGGGUUUUGGAGUUGGCGGGAGGUGUCAUGGAUGAACUCGCCACUCCAACAGGCCCAAGGAAAGAAUUCAUCAACAACCAUUGCCGUGAAUUCAUGAAGAUGAUCAAGGACAUCCAAAUGACAUUGAGGGAUGAAAUCAAGAGUGCUUGUGAGUAUCGCCCCUUUGAGAAGUGCGAUUACAGUUCGAGAAUUUCAAACGAGAUCUGUUGCAAGAAACUCAAAUACAUUCUCUCUCAGCUGGAUUCGAUGGAACAAACCAUUGAUGGAUAUCAAGCUACCAUUUAAAGAUAGAUAGACUGUUUAAUAGCCAGAUAAGGUUAGUACCAUCAAUGCUUGCUUGAAAAUUUUUCUUA